AUGAACGAUCCCGGCCUUGAUGAGCCAGCCACAGAGGCAGCGCAAGAUGUAAACAACAGAGUACACGCCGAGGGCGACCAAGCUGAGCAGGAAGAGCGAGAAUAUCUUGAUCCAAGUUAUGUUCCCCAUUACCCCGGCCCCGCUUCGCAUACGCUGACGAAUUCAGUCAAUGGUGGUUUGCGUCCACAGCGAGCCCCCUCAUAG